UUGGUAACACUCGUUAUCAUCUUGACAUAUAUAAUUAUAGCAAAUAAAUACAAAGAACAUCUAAAAUUUUCUUUACCUUUCGAACUGCUUAUAGUAGCAAUCGGUAUUAUAGCUUCUUAUUUUGGAAAACUGGAGCGCGUUUACGACAUUGCGGUAAUUGGCGAGGUACCAGUUGGAUUUCCGAUACCCUCAGUGCCUACAUUACGACGAGGAUCUAACAUGAUAACUGAUUGCUUAAUUAUGGCGCUUUUGAUAUUUAUCAUAAGCGUUUCAACAGCAAGAACAGCAGGAAAAAAAGAAAACCAGUAUACGGACUACAACCAAGAGCUGAUAGCAUAUGGACUCUGUCAUGUUUUUUCUUCUUUCUUUUCUUGUUUUCCACAAGCCACUUCACCACCAAGAUCCAUGCUUCUCAAGAACUUGCGCGCUAGGACAACUUUUCAUGCAAUAGUAACUGUACUCAUAAUGGUUUUAGUCAUUUUAUGGAUUGGGCGGAUUUUUGAAUCCUUACCUAUGGCAAUGAUAGGAGCCAUCGUUGUUGCAUCAAUGACAGAUUUGUUUACUCAGUUCUCCGAAUUACCAAAGUACUGGAAAGUUAACAAGUUCGAUUUCUUCACGUGGAUGAUCACUUUCCUGGUAUCAAUAUUUGCUGAUUUAGAUUAUGGAGCAGUUACUGGAAUCGUUUUUUCGUUCGCAUCUGUUGUUAUCCAACACCAAAUUGCAAAAGGACGCACAAUUGGGUUUUCCGAUAAAGAAAGUGUCACUUUUGACGAAAAGAGAAGAAUUCACGUAAAAGAAUUUCCAUCGGUUAAAGUAUUUAUGUUUGAUGCACCAAUUAUUUUUGCAAAUGCAGAAAUAUUCAAAGAUAAACUUUAUCGACAAGUCCCUAAACCUCGAAUCAAGACGGAAGCUGUCCGUUUACCAUCCAGUGAUUCUGUUGGGAGCAGAACCACUGAAAGCGAUUACUGUGAUGCCUUAAACGUAAAUGGUCACGUGCAGGUAAAGAACGCUAAGAUUUGUUCAGUGGCCAAGUUGCAACACUUGGUUAUUGACUGCCAAAAAGUCAAUUAUGUUGAUAUUUCUGGAGUAGAUGUUCUUACUGAAGUAAUCAGAGAAUACAAGGAAGUUGGGAUCAAUGUUUAUUUUGUUAACUGCUCGAUGAGAGUCAGAGAUGCACUAAAAGCUGCUGGUUUCUUCACAACAUUUCCGAAAGAUCACAUUUUCUACGAUGUAUUUGAUGCUAUUUUUGCAAUUGACAAUUCUUUCCUAAGAACCGCGCUGGACAUUUCAACGGUUGAAGAGAUGACAAAGGUUAAUUAUCAUGUAUUUCCUAAGAAAAUCAUAUUAAAUUUUACCAUGCUACAUUGUAUUGACACUUUUGUAAUAUUAAAGAAAAUAUGUUGA